UGUGUCCCAAUUCAAAGGGCUGCAGCCUCCGAAGGCUGCGAAGACUGGGUCCUUCGUCGGCCGCGAAGGCUGCAGCCCUUGAACUGGCCUCCGCGGACCGCCAGGCCAUUGCCGAAAUGGGACAGGUCCAGCCCACGGAGCGUACGUCAACAGGUGUCGGUGAUGUCAUGCUAACACACCAUCAUCUAGCAACCGCUACAGCUGCAUACAUUUCAGUCAUUUGUGCUCUGAAAUCACAAACGCUGUGCAAAAAUGGAACCCCAACUUCUUGCACUUUUAUUUAUAAUCUUAUAUUUUUUGUUUGAAGAGGAGGCAAAUUAUCGCCGUGCCAGGCGCCCAAUCCUGUUCAGAUUAAAUGAAACAAGGAGAAGAUACUGCACAAUAAACCUGAGCGUGCCAGUGCUGGAAAGGUUUUUCAACAAUGAAGACACACGGCCUGACUUUCGUCUGAGCAGGGAGUCCUUGGCAGUGCUAAUGAACCUCCUGAACCUCAACCGAAGACAUGGAUGGGGUGCUGAGAUUGAAGUCCUGGUCUUUCUCUUCUGGCUGGCAUGUGGGACAUCAUACCGGGUGGUCUCCAGGGUUUUUGGGAUACCCCGCUCCACUGUCCACCGCAUCGUCCACAGGGUCACUGCCAACACUGCAGAAGACCUCGAGGCAGUGACCCGUGGGUUUGCAGGGCUGGCAAGGCAUAGGGCCUUUGCAAGAACUGCCGGGGCAAUAGAUGGCUGCCACGUCAGAAUCAGGCCACCCAGCGGCCCUGAUUGUCAGUGCUACAGAAAUAGGAAGCUUUUUCCUAGCAUCAUCAUGCAGGCUGUGUCUGACCAUCAGGGCCGCUUCAUAGACAUCUAUGUGGGCUGGCCUGGUUCUGUACACGACGCAAGGGUCCUUCGGCACAGUCCUCUCUACCAGAGGGGACUGUAUCCUCCUCCAGGGCACUUCAUCCUCGGAGAUGGCGGGUACCCCUGUCUCCAGCAUCCACUCCCCCUCAUCACUCCCUACAAACGGCCAGUGCAAGGUGUGGGAGCCCAGCGUUUCAAUUUGCAUCAUUCCAGGGCACGCUCUAUUAUUGAGCGUGCCUUUGGAAUGAUGAAAAGUAGAUAUAGGGCAAUCUUUUUGCACAUGCUGGAGGUCCACCACACCUUUGCACCACAUGUCAUCACCGCCUGUGCCGUCCUCCACAACAUCUGUCUUGGGGCAGGAGACAUCGUGGCCCCGGAGGAUGAGCCAGAGCCCAAUGUAGUGGAGGAUGAGGGGGAGAAUGAUGUUGAGGCCGUUGCUGGAGCACAGUGGCGUGACCAGCUGUCUGCGGAGGUGUCUGCCUUGGAGGAGGUUCCGAGGGACCAUGAUUAUGUCUAGUCACAUGGCAGUCAUCUAUUGCCCCAGCCAGCCCUGCAAAUCCAGCCCAUGGACGAUGCGGUGGACAGUGGAACAGCACCCGGUGUGAGAGCCCCACUUAGCAGCCAGAAGACAAAGACCAGGACCUCAAUCUCAGCAGUCGGCCAGAGGUUCAUUAGCACUGCCAGGGCCCCUGCUCAGUCGAAAAUUAGGCCGU